AUGGCGCAGACUGACUACAAGUUCGAGGGGUGGAUGGGUCUUGACCCCAGUGCCGGCGACGGCAAGAUGGUGUGGCAAGAGUUCCAGCCCAAGGAGUGGGAGGAGACCGAUGUCGAUAUCAAGGUCUCGCACUGCGGCAUCUGUGGUUCUGAUCUGCACACUCUGCGGAGUGGCUGGAGACCCACCUCGUACCCAUGCUGCGUGGGCCAUGAAAUUGUAGGCACAGUGGUGCGCGCCGGCAGCAAGGUCACAGGCGGCAUCAAGCUCGGAGACCGAGUAGGCGUGGGCGCGCAAAGCGACUCCUGCCUAGGCCGGCUGGGCGACUGCGAGGAGUGCGCCAUGGGCCUGGAGCAGUACUGCUCCAAGAAGUUCGUCGGCACCUACAACAGCACGUAUCUGAAUGGCGGCAAGUCGUACGGCGGGUACGCGCUGUACAACCGAGUGCCGUCGCACUUCGCCGUCAAGAUCCCCGACGCCAUCCCGUCGGCGGCGGCGGCGCCCAUGCUGUGCGGUGGCGCGACGCUCUACAGCCCGCUGAAGCACAACAACUGCGGGCCUGGCAAGCGGGUUGGAAUCAUUGGCGUCGGCGGUCUGGGCCAUUUUGGUGUGCUGUUUGCCAAGGCUAUGGGCGCGGACAAGGUCGUUGCGAUCUCGCGCAAGGCGAGCAAGAGCGAGGAUUCGCUGAAGAUGGGUGCUGACCUCUACAUCGCGACGGAUGAUGAGCCCGAUUGGGCGUCUAAGAAUGCCCGCUCUUUGGACCUGAUCGUGUGCACGGUCUCGUCUAGCAAGAUGCCCAUGGACGACUACCUCGGCCUCCUGCGAACCAACGGCAGUCUUGUCCAGGUUGGUCUCCCCGAAGACGGCACACUGUACGCCCCGGUGCGCACCCUGAAACGCCGCCUGAAGGUCGAGAGCUCGCUGGUGGGCAGUCCGGAUGAAAUUCGGCAGAUGUUCCAACUGGUGGUCGAGAAGGGUAUCCAGCCGUGGGUGGAGGAGAUCCCGAUGAAAGAUGCGAACCAGGGUGUUGUGGAUAUGUGGGCGGGUAAGGCACGUUAUCGAUACGUUCUGGUCAACGAACAGUAA